UGGAUCGUAAUUGCGAAGAGUACAUGGUAUCGUUACAUAUGAGCUACUUUUUUUGGGGUUGCUGUUGCUGUGGCCAGUAGGCCCCACUGUUUGUUUGAGGCAGGUAAUUUGAGGCGUUUGUAGAGGAGCCAUAAUAGUUGUUUGGAUUGUUGACAGGCGGCUGUUGGUACGUUGCACCAUAUGUUGGCUGAGAAGGAUGCUGCUGGCUCAUGCUAUAGCUUGGCGUCGUCGCACCUGGCUCAUGACCGUAUCCAUGCGUAUAACUUGUCAUUGGAACGCUUCCGUAAGCAGGAGCCGGGUGCUGUUGCCGAGAUUGUGAUUGCUGGGAAACCUGAAAAUGGGCGGGAUAACGGUGAAUAUCAUCUAUCAUCAGUGACUCUUUUUUCCGGUGCACACGUACACACACACGGUUGUGAUCUCAUUCUUGUGUACAGAACAUAUACGCAGAAUCAUCUAUCAUGUAUAGCGCCUAAAAUGCCCUUUUCCAUUCCCCUCUCCUUCCCGCCCACCCAACGCAGACCCGCAACAGCGCAUUUUUUCGUACCUUUCGGUCUGGUUGACCGUAGAUAUCUGACGACCCCGCAGCGGUAUCUUGAGGGAAGGUACUCCCGUGCACUGAUUUACCCACGGCGGCGUUUGUUGUGGUUGUGUUACUUGGAGUCGUGUGGUUUGAGUGAGCUGAUCGUGGCUGUGGGCGAGAGAGAAUAUAUAGAUCAGAUCAACAAGAGGUAGAUGCAAAUGAAAAUUAAGCAGGCGGUUAGUCAAACAGGCAAACAACUACAGACAACAAUGA